AAAAAGAAAAUGAAAUAGAAAAAAAUAUCCAACCCAACCAACAUACCUACAAAAUUGUACAAGGGUUUGGUGAAAAUCAUUUUUUCCAAUUAAAAUCUCAAUUUCAUUAUUCUAUUUCCAUUUUAAAUUAACUAAAGAAAAUAUAUUAAUUCCUACAAAGUAUUUGUAAUUGAAAACAAGUAUUCUUCCGAACUAGAGAUACGAAAAAAAAAACACCUGCUGUUUUGGUGUGUCUGUCCACCAUCAUUGGUGGUUUGCGUUGAAAAAAAAAAUUCACCUACGAGGCACAAAAAUGUUUUCGCUUUUUGUUUGGACAACCAAUGGCUAUAUUUGAACAGAAACACGAAACAAAAAUCACGCUAGAUGACACCCUACAAGUAAAUUGUUUCAUAGAAACAGCUCAGACUGUGAAUGGACAUACGGAAUAUCUUUUGCGCCUGCAACGGGGACCAUUAAAAGAAAACAGUUGGAAAAUCUUAAGGCGCUACAAUGACUUUGCUGAACUCAAUCGACAUCUGCAACCUUCUGGUAUUGUAUUGCCAAUGCCUGGUAAGAAACUCAUUGGUAAUAUGCGCCCUGAUUUCAUAGCUGAACGGCGACAACAAUUGCAAGAGUACAUAGACACGGUCCUAAUGAAUCCAAUACUAGCAUCAUCGCUGCCGGCGAAGCGCUUCGUUGACCCGGACAGUUAUUCACAAUCAUUUCACGAUCAAGCAGUACAAAACGCAUCAUUAUGCCUUCGCACAGAAGGACACUAUUUACUGGGACAAACAAUGGGCGCAAUUGGAUGGCGUCUAAGAAAACAUUACUUUAAAGUGACACCCAAACCACCUGAGAAGUCUAGUAGCAAACAUUUAGUAAAGAGUGGAUCUCAAUCGCACCAAGCAAAGCAUUUUGCUUCAUCAAGUAAUGGUAGUGGCAGCUUAGAUUCGGGAUUAUACGGACCUGGAGAAAUAGUUUUGGAAUGGGUUGAAUUUGGGCCAGACAAAUAUAUGGACGACAAGGAGAUUCAUAGCGUGCUUAAAAGUUUUGUCGGCUUGCAACAUCCAUAUAUAGAUCCGAUUGUUUAUGCAGCAUCAAAUGAAAAUGGUAGUGCUGUUGUAAGGAGAUUUCACAAACAAGGUACUCUCAAAGAUAUUCUCUGCAUGUCAACUCCAAAAAAUCCAUUUUUGAAUAAAUAUGGAAAUCCAAAGGGACGAACUACGCUCUCAUUAAAACAAAUUGCUUUGUAUGGACGACAGAUUUUGGAAGCUUUGUCUUUUUUACAUGCGAAAGGCAUGCCAUAUGGCCAUUUACAUUCUGGAAAUAUUGUUAUCGAAGACGACUGUGUUAAGCUUUUGGAUAUAGAAAACUAUAUUUUGGGAGUUCCAGCAUUCUAUCGUCCAUUCUUUGUUCAGCACAGUAAACUCCAUUCAGCUGAAAUAAUUGACGUAUACUGUUUUGGUCAUGUACUCUUUGAAAUGACCUUUGGUUAUCCACUACAAGAAUCAGUUGCUCGUCAAAUAAGUGAUUGCGCCGAAGAUUUAAAAAAUAUAUUAGAAUUAAUUUUGUCAAAAGAAGCUUGUCGAGCUGGUCUUCCGACAUUGGAUCAACUGAUAGAGCACCGAUUCUUUACUGAGCAUGUUCCUAGUCUGCGAGAGCUUACAAGUCCAGGUGAUGGAUCAACUAAACCACAUUUUAAAUUAUCCGUAAAUGCCAAAGAACAAAUUCGCAUUGCCACACAAAAAUGUGAAAGUCGAUUAAGAGAUGAACAAAAAUCGGUUAAAAACCAAAAACGUCUGGUACGUGUGCAAGAACUGAUGAGUUCGGAGGAGGAGCGCAAAAAGUCUAAGCAAAAAGCGAAAUUAGAACACAAGCAGUCCAAAUUAAGACAGCAAAAUUCACUCCAAGCUAAUAAUGGACGUACGCCAUCUGCUUCCAGUGGCGGUGGGACAAGUGGAAAUUUGGGAACAUUGUCCGUACGAGCAGCACCAUUCAACAGAUCUGACAGUGUUUUGAGUGUAAAUGUAUCAAACGAUACCGCUUCAACACCCCCACCGUCUUCAGGAAAUAGCUCAUCUCCAUUGCCUGCAGUGCCGCCGCCGUUACCACCAACAACUCCCGUUGAACAGUCCCUAUCGCCCAAGAGUGCUCCUAACGUCAAUGAAGAAGGAUCGCGUUCAGUUCUUUUGGAAUCAAUUUCCAAGUUUAAUCGGGGAUCAUUGCGCAAAGUUCGAUCAAACGAUUAAAAAUAAUUUUCUGUUUGAAUAAAAACACCAAAAUUUGGACCAAAA